UAAUAAUUGUGAGUAAAAUUAAGAAAAUAUUAAAUCUGGUCCUUAAUUCAAAAGUUGUUUCAGUGCUGCAAAGAUGAAAGUUCAAUGUAAUUAUUAUGAACAUUCCUGGCCAAAUUAUCCAAAUAAAUUCUACUGCUGUGAAGUGAGAAGUCAACAAAUUGUGGAUGAUCAAGAACUUGAAUUUAUUGGAAAUCAUUUAAACUGUAAAACAAGCAAUGAUGUGACUUUUAUUUAUUUUUGCAAUUGUAAUUUGAACAAACUUCCUAAAAAUCUUUCUAAAGUCUUUCCAAAUUUAAAUAUUAUUGUUAUUUCCUAUUCAAAAUUAAAAACAAUUUGUAAAAAUGACUUGAGUGGAUUUAAAAAAUUGAAAAUAUUUUCUUGCUGUAACAAUGACAUUGAGUUUGUUCCUGGCAAUCUUUUUGAAGACUUAAGAUGUUUGGAAUGGAUUACAUUUUAUAUCAACAAAAAAUUAAAAAUAAUCGAGCCAAAUUUAUUGAAUAAGCUUGAAAACUUAAAAUGUGUCCAUUUAGAAAAAAAUUUAAAUCAUAACAUUGAGUUCACAGUUUGGAAUUCACCAACAUCAACACUUGAUGAAGUUAAAAAUGAUCUUGCUGAAAAGUUUUUUGCAUUGGAUUUGCCAUCAGUGAAAGAUUUUAUCAUGAAGCAGAAGGAUCCAUUAAAAGAAUUAAAGAAAUAUUUGACAAAAGUCAAAACAACUAAAGCCAAUGAAAAAAUAUUGAAGCUGAAGAACGAAAUCACAAAAGAUUCAAUCCAAAAUGAUCUUCUCGGUGACCUCAAAAAGUUCCUACAGAACGAAAACGUCAAAGACUUCAAAAUCAUCAUCGGUUCCAAAGAAUUCAUGGUCCACAAGUUCCUCUUAGCUGCUCGCUCUCCAACUCUGGCUGAAACAUUCAGCGAAAAUCCAGAUGCAGAAAGCCUCAAACUUAUUGACAUCACUGAGGAAAUGUUUGAGAAAAUCUUAAAAUUCCUUUACACUGACGAACUUCCAGGCGAGGCUGGGAUGAAUUAUGUGCAACUUUUUGGAGCUGCUGGACGUCUGCAAAUCAUCGAGCUUAAGAACUUUGCAGUUGAGAAGAUUUUAGAAAAUAUCAGUAAUUUAAAUGCUUUGGAGCUUCUUACAAUGGCCAACAGAUACAAAAAUGAUGAAUUGAUACAUGCGGCAUUCGAAGAAGUGAAAAAAAAGUAUCCAGAAAUUCCAUUUAAAGAUGACUGGUCCAAAGAUCCAGAACGAAUAAAAAAAGUCAUCGAAGCUUUAAGAAAGAAGGAAGAAGCGAUAAAAAGAGCUGAAAGUGAAUUUAAAAGUUUAUUGAUUUAAGGAGGAUAUUUGGACAAAUUACGACGUAAACGAAAAAUAUUGUAGACUUAGCACACAUAUGGUUCCCAAAUGAUGCUGAGUAAAGUUUAAAAUCAUAAUUUUUUUGGUGAAGGAUAAAAAAUAUAAAAAAC